ACAAAAAUCAUAAUUCGUUGGCCGAAUUUGAAAUCCAUCGCAAUCGGCAUUUUUAAACCGCGGAUAGACGUGGUAUAACAGAAUGCUUCGGACACAACAGGAUAUCUAGCGGAUAAAAUCUAACGGAUCGCCGAUCACUGUAAACUAUGUUGACAUUACAUAACACGGAUUAUGCAACAUCCGGAUUAGAGAGGUGUUACUGUAUAUUGCUGAUUUUGAAUGUUGUAAUUUUGGGUGAAGAAUGCACAAAGUACAAUACUAUUCACGGAGAGAGGUAUAUCGGUCCAGUCGUUUCUAUGGUUACCAUGGUGGGACCACAGCAGUGUGUUAAGGAAUGUCUAGCCAGACCCGCUGACUGUGGAGGCGUGAACUACGGGAAAACGCACUUUCUCUGUGAAAUUGUGACGGACAUAAAUGAAACAGAACCAGCUACGGAGUACUUUAGAAUUCGACUUGAUGACGUGACUGGUAACCAAACAGCGUGCCAAUCAUGUUUAUCUGGAGAGAAAUGUGUGAAAUUAUCCAGCAAGAAAACACACUGUGUCCAGGAUAGAGAUGGUCCGGUUGAUUGCACCGCAAUUCACGGCUUAUCUUCAUAUCUACCUAGUGGGCUGUACACAAUAAAACUUCCGAUCCUAGGUCACGUGACUGCUGUAUGCGAAAUGGAGAUCGAUGGAGGAGGCUGGACGAUUUUUCAACGUCGCAUGGAUGGCUCUGAAGAUUUCUAUCGGACAUGGGCGGAUUACAAGGACGGAUUUGGAAAUCUGACGUCAGAGUUUUGGCUAGGCAAUGAGAAGCUACAUUAUCUACUGAGUCAGGGAACCUAUGAAUUAAGGAUGGAUAUGAGUGACUUCAGGAAUGAGACUCGUUAUGUUAAAUAUAGCAGCAUUUCUGUUGGCAACGAGGCUUCCAAAUACGUCAUAUCUCUAUCUGGUUUCUCCGGAAACGCCGGCGAUUGUUUCACAUCACGGCAUUCAAUAAACAAUAUGAAGUUUACCACAAAGGAUCAAGAUAAUGAUGCAAAUUCCGGAAACUGCGCAGUUCAGUUCCAAUCUGGAUGGUGGCAUAACAGUUGUCAUUGUUCCAACCCGAAUGGCCUCUAUUUGGCGGGGGAAACAUCAAUAUUUGCUGACGGUAUCACGUACGAUCCUUGGCUUACUCAAUAUUACUCGCUGAAAACUAUUCAACUGAUGGUUAGAAGGGUUGUGUAAGAGGAAACUGUGAAGAGGAAGAAAAAAUUAUCACCGGGUAGUUAGAUAUCCGAAGAUGUUUAGCUGAUCUUAUUUUCGUUUGUCUGGGGUGAUCAUGAAUUGAACACAAUUCGUCACUGAGUGAAAUUCAUUGUUUCCGUAGUGGCAAUUCAAUACCUGAAAUGAUUGAUAUAGUUUCAUUCUGUAACUUUCCUUAUAGAUAAGUGAGAAUUAGAAGACACCUGCCUCCAAUAACUGUUCAGUAUGAAUAACCACUUUGCAUGGCUGAUUGUAUCUUAUUUCACCAUCUCUAAUUUUUACACGACCAGAAACAACCAUUCCUGGGACACGUUUACAUGGUCGCGGUGGUUCAGUGAUUCACUGGGAGGUCGUUGUUUCGAAUCGUAUUGUCUGGAUUUACAUCCAACAAAGGAAAUAAAUGCAUACCUUGUUUACAUUAUA